UGCGAUUCAUUUCCAGCAAAUUUCUUCUGUUAAAGUUGCCGGACUGGUGGUUUCAGCGGUUCGACAAAAUAAAUAAAUAAAUGAAAUAAUGGCUAGCGACUUUCCGCCCUUGGUGAUCCGGGUGUGGAUGCACAAGCUAAAUAAGGGAUUGGGCCAGCCAUCGGCGGUCCUGGAGCGCUCCUUGGUCAACUACAUGACUCUGGAGGAAGCUCGCUUGGCGGUGGAGAAUGCCACGGAACGCGGGAUCCUGGUGCCGAAAGCAGUGGGCGGUAGGGCCAAGCGUAUGACCCUCGCCUUCUGCCAGAAAGUGAGCCGCUUGCCCAGCUCCACAAGUGAUUAUUACUGCUUUGAGUGCCAUCUGCCCGGAAUGGUAAAGAAGUGUGCAUCCUGCGAACGCUGUUUCCACGAGGAUUGCCAACGCAAGGAUCCCGAGAAGCCAAACUAUUCGGUUCCUUCGGAUAAAGGUCAACCCUACCGGUUCCCCGUCAACGAAACGGACAAGGAGCCGGAGCACAUUAACCAGAGCAUGGAGGCUCCACAGACGCCCACUCCGAAGCCGCUGCUCGACCACAAUAGCAAUAUCAACCAGGAUUCACCAGCCACUCCGGAGUGCCUGAAGCACGAGAGUCUUGAGUGGGAUGACGAUGUCUUCUUUGUUAGCGAGCAAAAAGGCACUCGUCAGCGAAAGCAGGCCAGGAUUAAGGACGAACUGCAGACCAGCACAGACAACGACGAGAGCAGCGAUCUGGAGCGCUGCACACGCUGCCGUCUGCACGCCCUGGCCGCUCUACACAAUCCGCCGCAGCUGGGCAAAGAUGAGUUGGGCUGCCUUUUGAGAUACUCCUGGGACAAGCAUUACUCCUGGAUCACCAUGGAUGUGGCCAAGUAUAUGGUCAAGCACUGGAAUGAGCGCGACAAGGCACUAGUCAAGCGAUUCCUUUUUAAGACUAAGAUAUUGGGGCUGGUCGACAUUGAGCGGAACAUUGAGGCAAAGAAGUAUACGUACUUAACUGAGUUCCUGAUGGAUCUGCUCGAUUUACAGCACAACAUUGCCGUGUUCUUUGGCAACAAGAGCGUGGAGUAUAAUGCCACCAAGUGGCUGGUAAGAGAUGUCACACACGACAUCCGUGAAAUCCGUCGUUGUCCCGACUGCUAUCGGUUUUCCAACGAAGCCAGUCUUUCGGAUCUCUGGUUUGCCAAGCCCUGUCUACAGCGGCAUGAAUUGGUUUUCGCCAAGCAGGCCGGUUCGCCACGGUGGCCUGCUAAGGUAAUGGGCGUGUCUAGAAGGCAUCCCAUUAAGUACGACGUUCGCUUUUUCGGUGGCUCUCAUUCCCGAGCACUCAUCUCGGAACGUGAUAUUACUCCUAUAGAAUCGGACAUUCUGUCGCAUGUAAAGCCAAGGAACUCUCGUGCCCUGACCGCCGCCCUGAGGGAACUGCAGUGCCACAUGUUGUUGUCCCACUAUUCCGCUUCGCUAUUUGGUUUCCAUGCUGAUCCCGCCGUUGCUGAAAACCUUAUAGAAAGAGCCCUGUCCCACUGCACGGAAUCCAAUGAAACGAAUUCGACUGGCAAGCGGGGAAGACCUUCGACUCCAGGUCUACCGUCCACUGCGAAGAAGCGAAGACUGAAUGCCACCGCUUUUGAUGCCCCAUCUCCGGUGCCCGUUCGAUCAACUAAUUGUGACACCGUUACCUAUGAUAACCAAUCCGCCGAAUUACUUAAGGCGCAGGAGGAACUGCUGAAAUGCAAGAGCGCGCUGACCGCCAUGCAGAAGAAGCUGGAUGAAGUGAAAAGAAAACAGUGGUGCUACUUCUGCCUGGAAGAAGCCACCUUCGACUGCUGCUUCACUGCGUCCUACUGCAGUGGAGAGUGCCAACGACGCGAUAAGAAACGUCACCAACCAACUUGCGAAGUCAAUCACUAAAAUAAUAGUUAUGUACAUGAGGUUGAGAUUAUUGGUGUCGUUUUGUGAAACUGGAUUACUUGCAAUCCAAAGUGAUAAGAUAUCGUUUCCUACAUUUUCCUAUGUAUCAGAUGUAUUAUUUUUAAGAUAUUCAAAGUUAUUCCGAGAAAAUAAAGAUUGUUAAACUGAAA